AAGAAAUUGGGGGCUCCCCUCAUAAUGCAUUACGAAAAUCCCUCCUCAGUCAUUUCCCUUUCUUUCUUAAAUUUAAAAUCACUGUUUGGAAAGCUCUCCUUUCUCCGGCAAUUGCCACAACAAUUGGCUAUUCGAAUUUAGGGUUAGGGUUUCAGCAGAAUUUUUUGUAAUUCGCCACACCAUGUACGCUGAUCAAUUGGAGGCUCAAGCUAAUAGGUCGGUUAAAGACCGUCUCAACGGAAAUUAUGCCUCCGACUCCGGUCGCCGCAGGCCUAUCUCUGCCAAGAGACAAAGAGAAGAUGACGACAAAUGGGAACAUGACCUUUUUGAGGACAAUGAGCCCCAAGUCUCAAAUCGAAGGGUUGGUGUAAAAGAUCUUCGUCUGAAGCUCCAAAGAAAGAGUAUUGAACAAGCUACUCGAAGUGUAAGGGGAUCUGUUACUGGAGGGGCAAGGGAUUUACGUGAGAAGCUCUCUGGUACACUAUAUUCUCGUCCCGUUGAGUCCAAGCCUGCACCAUUGGGACCAAAGCCUGCACCUGAAGUCAGUAAACCUCCUAGGAAGAGUGUCAUAGCCCAAGCCCCUGCGCCAGAAACAUAUGUUUAUAUAUUUAUGCAGGUCGAGUCAGUGGAUAAUUUCCUUCAGUCCCUGGGUCUCGAUAAAUAUUCAAUUACUUUUCAGGCUGAAGAAGUUGAUAUGACAGCCCUAAUACACAUGAAAGAUGAAGAUCUUAAAGCUUUGGGAAUCCCGAUGGGUCCAAGGAAGAAGAUACUUCUGGCUCUGGAGUCGAAGUCUGAUGACUAGCUGGGAUAGGUCAUUCGGCUAUUUUGAAGUCUUCCAUCUUAUUAACUGUUGGCCAUCCCUCGGACCAACAGGCUUACUCAUGUGCUGAAACAACUCCGAAAUAGUCUCAAGUUGACUUGCUGAAAAUGGGCUUGAACGAGCUUAUUAUUGUAAUUGAAAUAUAGAUGAUCAACAUUUGAAGAACUUCAGGAUCUGAGAUUGUGAUUUUUGCUUUAGUUAUCAAGAUGAUGGCUUGGUCCUUUGAUAUUUAUAUUCUAUUUGUAGCUUUCCCAA